UAGACUACGACACCGGAAAGCUGGGGGAGGUGCUCCGGCUGGAAGGGCGGAGGGUGCUGGCAGCGCUGGCGCUGGCGCUGGGGACCUGCUCGGCGGCUUCGGGAGACCGUCCGGCGACGGCGACAGCUCGCUUUCUUCCGCAUCCCGCCCUCGGCACGGCUCGCAGUCCUCUUGCCACCUGCGUCCGGCAAUGUGUCCCGCCGGCCGGGCGUAGCCGCUGCGCGUGCGCGGAACCACGGGGCCAUGAGCGAAGCCGGUGGCGGCCGGGGCUGUGGGUCCGCGGUCCCCCAGCGAGCACCAUGGAACUUGUUGGCGACGACGGCCGCGCUGUACCUAGUGAUGGCCACGUCGGUGUGGACGGCUGGGGCCGCGCCCAUGAGUAGGGAGGAAAAACAGAAGCUUGGGAAUCAAGUACUGGAAAUGUUUGAUCAUGCUUACGGUAACUAUAUGGAACAUGCUUACCCAGCGGAUGAACUCAUGCCUUUAACCUGCAGAGGCCGCGUCAGAGGCCAGGAGCCGAGUCGGGGUGAUGUGGAUGACGCCCUGGGCAAAUUUUCCCUGACACUGAUCGAUUCUUUGGACACUCUCGUGGUAUUAAAUAAAACUAAAGAAUUUGAAGAUGCAGUGAGGAAAGUGUUAAGAGAUGUUAACUUAGAUAAUGAUGUAGUCGUAUCAGUCUUUGAAACAAACAUCAGAGUUCUCGGGGGCCUGUUGGGGGGACACUCGCUGGCGAUCAUGCUGAAGGAGAAGGGCGAGUACAUGCAGUGGUACAACGACGAGCUCCUGCAGAUGGCCAAGCAGUUGGGUUACAAACUUUUACCAGCUUUCAAUACUACCAGUGGCCUUCCUUAUCCACGGAUUAAUUUAAAGUUUGGAAUCAGGAAACCAGAAGCCCGGACAGGGACUGAGACCGACACCUGUACAGCGUGUGCAGGUACCUUGAUCCUUGAGUUUGCUGCUUUAAGUCGGUUCACGGGAGCAACAAUAUUCGAGGAAUAUGCAAGAAAAGCUCUUGAUUUUCUCUGGGAAAAAAGACAGCGAAGUAGUAAUUUAGUGGGUGUGACUAUAAAUAUUCAUACUGGAGACUGGGUACGAAAAGAUAGCGGAGUUGGAGCGGGCAUUGAUUCCUAUUACGAAUAUCUAUUGAAAGCCUAUGUCUUGCUUGGAGAUGACAGUUUUCUGGAAAGAUUUAAUACACACUACGACGCCAUCAUGCGGUACAUCAGCCAGCCCCCGCUUCUGCUCGACGUGCACAUCCACAAGCCCAUGCUGAAUGCGCGCACCUGGAUGGACGCUCUGCUCGCCUUCUUCCCAGGUCUGCAGGUCUUGAAGGGGGAUAUUAGACCUGCUAUUGAAACUCAUGAAAUGUUGUAUCAGGUGAUUAAAAAACACAAUUUUCUACCAGAGGCAUUUACCACAGAUUUCAGAGUACAUUGGGCUCAGCAUCCUCUAAGACCAGAAUUUGCAGAAAGCACCUACUUCUUGUAUAAAGCUACAGGAGACCCUUACUACCUUGAAGUAGGGAAAACACUUAUUGAAAAUUUAAAUAAGUAUGCUAGAGUGCCUUGCGGAUUUGCUGCCAUGAAGGAUGUUCGUACGGGAAGUCAUGAGGACAGGAUGGAUUCUUUCUUCUUGGCUGAAAUGUUUAAAUAUCUUUACCUGUUAUUUGCGGAUAAAGAAGAUAUUAUUUUUGACAUAGAAGAUUAUAUAUUCACAACAGAAGCUCACCUUUUACCUCUUUGGCUCUCUACUACUAAUCAGAGCACCUCCAAGAAGAACACAACUUCAGAGUACAUAGAACUGGAUGACAGCAAUUUCGACUGGACUUGUCCAAACACGCAGAUUCUCUUCCCUAACGACCCGCUGUACGCUCAGAGCAUUCGCGAGCCCUUGAAAAAUGUGGUGGAUAAGAGCUGCCCCAGAGGCAUCAUCAGAGUCAGAGAGGAGAGUUUCAGGAGUGGAGCUAAACCCCCUCUGAGAGCCAGAGAUUUCAUGGCCACUAACCCCGAGCACUUAGAAAUCUUGAAGAAGAUGGGGGUGAGUUUGAUUCACCUCAAAGAUGGGAGAGUCCAGUUGGUUCAACAUGCAAUCCAAGCUGCCAGCUCCAUCGACGCGGAGGACGGGCUGCGGUUCAUGCAGGAGAUGAUCGAGCUGUCCAGCCAGCAGCAGAAGGAGCAGCAGCUGCCCCCGCGGGCCGUGCAGAUCGUGUCCCACCCGUUCUUCGGCCGGGUGGUGCUCACGGCCGGCCCGGCCCAGUUCGGGCUCGACCUGUCCAAGCACAAGGAGACAAGAGGAUUUGUUGCAAGCAGCAAACCAUACAAUGGUUGUUCAGAGCUGACCAACCCCGAGGCAGUGAUGGGGAAGAUCGCCUUGAUACAGAGAGGACAGUGCAUGUUUGCGGAGAAGGCACGCCACAUCCAGAACGCGGGAGCCAUCGGCGGCAUUGUCAUCGAUGACAAUGAGGGGAGCAGCAGUGACACUGCCCCUCUGUUCCAGAUGGCCGGGGACGGGAAGGACACCGAUGACAUCAAGAUCCCCAUGCUGUUCUUGUUCAGCAAGGAAGGAAGCAUUAUUCUGGAUGCUCUCCGGGAGUACGAGGAGGUGGAGGUGCUGCUUUCGGACAAAGCGAAAGACCGAGACCCUGACAUGGAGAAUGAAGAGCAGCCGUUCUCUGAAAGUGACUCUCAGAAUCAGAGCGCCGAGCCGCUCGCGCCGGGCUCUCAGGAGGUGGACUUGGGUGAUCACGAGUCUCCUGAAGACAGCUCCCUGGACUCGCCCCCAGAGUCCUCGCCUGCAGCAGCUGCAGAUGAGGCUGCAGACGUUUCUCCUUCUGAACAGAAUUCCGAUCCCCUAGAAAACCAUGAACCUCCGAGCCUUGACGGUGAAUGUACAGAUUUAGAUAACCAGCUUCAAGAACAAUCAGAAACUGAGGAAGACUCCAACCCCAACGUUAGCUGGGGUAAAAAGGACCAGCCCAUAGACUCCAUACUAGCAGACUGGAAUGAAGAUAUAGAAGCAUUUGAAAUGAUGGAGAAAGACGAACUAUGACUCACUGAAGAACGGGGCGGUAGGUAUUUAGAACGAGUAGGGGAACUGUGGUUCACAGACACCUCAAACGAAGCAGGCUCUCCAGUGGGAGGGAGGCUUUGAGUACGGUGACGAGCGACCACGUUCUGACCGGGAUAGCUGGUGUCAUAGGAGCCUGGAGCUUGCUGUGUCAGCAUCGACCUUGUUUCAGACUGUCCCACGAGAAGUGGAAACUCACAGUCCCCCUCAGAUGGCAGCACCCCAGGCCGGGGGCAGACUGCUGGACUCGCCUGGGAACCAGGGUUCUGCAGGCUCUGGGGGGACGAGAAGCAAAUGCGGUUGGUGGUGGCGCGGGGGACAGGAUUCGUGCCGCUCUCUGAUUGAAGGGAGCGCGCUCUCUCGGCCUCGGGCUCACAGGCCCUUUGGGGAAGCGAGUGCGAGUCCCGGGCGUUCUGCUCGUGCUACCCUCACGGAAACACUCGAAGUGACCCGAGCGGUUAGGAGGCAGGUGACGGUGAAAACAGCCUUUGUUCAUCUCUUUCACUUGCUUCAUUGUACAACAAAUGAUGAAGGUGACUUGAUUUUUCUUCCCUCUUAACAAUGUCCUUUUCAUUUAAACCAAAGGUGAAGCCAUUGUGCUUUCUCAGCGAGUUCUCUGCAUAAUGACUAAUCAUUGGGACCAGGUAACAAGGUCAUAUAAUAAUAUAUUGUGGAAAUUGGUUACUUAAUACUCCUGAAAAACGGAGCAAGGGAGAAACUAAUGUUGCAAUAUGAACUUGCCGUUGGGCCUUCCACAGGGAAAGCUGUGACUACUCUGCGAAGGAACUUGAUGGUAUACAUCCUUGUAGGGUAAGUGAUGAGUCUGUCCAGUGCAUUUCUCGGAGAGGUGGUCCCCUCCAGCCCGCAGCCUUACUCCGUCCCACGGCCGGGUUGCCGUUGGAGCCACACGGCCCGUGGGGCUGACGGGGGGUGCAUUCUGUUCCAGUUCCGUCUUAGCGAGUUAGGGUAGGGCUGUGGUAGUCACCUGAAAAUCCUGGGGUAAUACAUAUUUUUUUCUCAUCUUAAACUAUGAUUUCUAAAGUUGCACCUAAGGAAUCUGUCACAUUUUCUCUUGAAUCAUGGUUUUUAAGUUCGCUUUUUUUUUUAAACAAAUAUUUCUUCUGAUGUGGACUUGAAAAUUAGUCUAUGGUAACCUGUGUAAAAAACUUACACAGUAGCAACUAACAUAUAGCCAUAUUAUUUAAUAAAUUUUUCUUUUUGGUGGCAGUCUGGUGCUGGCCACAUUUAAUUUUUAAUUUGUUGUUGAUAUCUGUAAACAGCCCUAUAGUUGAAAUAAUGGCUUUAUUCCGUUUAUUUAUUUUUAACAACUUACCUGAAUCAGUUCUAAAGGAGUGUCUGAGACUUCACUUUAUCUCUCUUUGCCACGACAUCACCUGGUGACUUUCUCCUAAAACAGCUGUGAGGUGCAGGUGGCCCGCGAGUGGGUGUGGAGCCGUUACAGGGACAGCAGUGCUGUCCUGUAGUUCAUGUAUAUUCCUGUACAGUAUGUCUUAGGUCCAGGUAAACAUACUCUUUUACAAGGGGGUGAAUAGCUGCUUCCAGAAAUUCCAGCGAAACCUAAUUGGGUCAAUGAGUAGUAAAUCUCACCGAGCAUUCACUUUGGCGUGGGAGGGGGGUGGGCAGUGGGGAAGGAGUAGUAGACAAGAACUUCAUUGGCCCUCAAUUAAACCUGACACCAGAAUGGAUAUUUUUAGUCACUGCAUGUGAAAUUUGGUGUAAGAAGAUAGAACUAUAAUACAUAGAGUACACAAAAGGGUAGACGUAGUGCUUUGUUCACCUUAAUUACAAAGCUGCCAAAGUAGCUGAAGCUUCAUCACUUGACUUGCCUGGAUUUAUAGGACUGGGGCUUGGAGGAAAGGAGCAAAUGUUCCUCUGAGAGACUUUGACUAGAGAAGCCUUAUGUUUAGUGAUUUGUUUGUUUAUAUCUCAGAGCCAUUGUUGUCUAAAUCUCACUUUUCUAAAGUUGUCAAAACAAUGGAAUUUUUUUUCCCAGUAAAGGUUUUGUGGCAUAUAAGGUGAAGCCAGCUUACUGCUGCUGUCCCUUUCUUUGGCCAUAAGGGGGAGCUGUUGCCAUUGAGGUCUAGAAGCGACUUGCUCACUUGUUUAGAAAAGCAAAUCUUUAAAAAAAAAUUAUUUUUAAAGGGAAGGAAAAAAUUAACACAUUAUACUCAGCACCCAGAAGGAAUUAUACUUGACUUUUCCCCCCAUUUAAGAAAAGAAGGUAUAAGGUUUGGCUUCAAAACUGCAACAUUGAGAUUGACUCUACAUUUCUUAUUUGACAUAAUGCCAUGAAGUUGUUUCUGAGCUCAUUAAAAAAUUCCAGAGCACUAGGGCUUUUUUAUGUUUUGCUUUUUUAAAUACCAUCUAUAGAGAUUUUACUUACUUCCUAAAGAUUCAGGGGAUUCUGUGAAACCCUGGAUUUUAGAAACAUCUGGUCUACCUCAGUUAAGUGUUGACUGCACAGAAAUAGAGCUGAAGUAUCCACCACAGCCAUGAAAUUGUGUGACUGAGAAGCAUCUCUACAAUGUUUACAAGCCCGGAAUCAAGGGACGGUUUUCCCCGAAAGUUAAAAGUGAGAUAUUAGAACAAGGAUUUAAUUCAGGUAUUUUCACGUUUUAAACUUAACUUGUUUACCAACUAAGAACAGCUGUAGUUUUUCUGCUUAUGAAAGUCCACUGAAGUGACAGACCCUGACGGGCAACACUUUUCCCAUGAAGUUUUAGGCGUGAAGGAAUUGUGGUUUACCGGGCGUGUGUGGGGUAGGCUGUUUCGUUGGGCAGGUUUUCUUUUUUCCUUUCAACUUCAAUAGGCUUCCAGCAAGAACACAGUGGUUGUUACAGUAAAACCAGCAUUUGUUCUCGCACCAAACUCCAUGCCAGAGAGGAGCUCGGCAGAAGUAACUCAGACAGGGCUUACAGUUCCGAGGUGUCACAGGGGCAGAUUCAGUAAAUACUCCAGCCAGUCGUUUUGUGCGCAAGGCUUCCGUCAGAACAUAGAAAAAACAUUCUGUGAAUGAAACAUUGUAUGUUCAGAUUUUAUAAAAGACAUUUUUAAAAGCCCAAUUUACAGCCGUAUAUUUUCUUAUGAUGUAAUUUAUGAAAAAGACGUCUGUACUAACAGGUGCUGUAACACUGCUGUUGUCGGGUUUUAUUGUUUGGUGAUAAAUGUAAACAAUAUUUCUAAGGGGAGCUAUGUACUGUGAUGUAAAAGUCUGGGCAAAAUGUAUAUAAUCCUUGUAUAUAAUUGUGUAUUUGAUUAUAAUUACUGAUUGUAAAGAUUUAAUAAAACAUGUAAAUAUUCUGG